AUGACCUCUGUCCACCCCAACAUCGAACUCCAGAAGGACAAUUCACCAGUCACAAUGGUGUCAUCUUAUCCCUCGUUGCAUUCAGAUGGUGGGCCGGCAACAUCAUUCCCUGACCGCUCAAGUUCAGUGGCUCCUGCAACUCCUAGGGAGGCCCGUGGUCGUUCCACCAGCAUUCCAUCACAGGACUAUAGCCGCCACACCUCGCGUAGCCCUGGCAAGGGCAAGGGACGUGCUCGAUACAGUCCUUACCCUGGAGCACUACAUCAUCAGAUCCGAGGAAUCAAGGUCGGCGACCUUGUUGAUAGUUUCGGCGGCGAACUUCCGUCCUGGAUCUUAACAUCUAGCGACACAGGUCUUCCUGAGCCCGACGACAUAUCUGAAGAUGCGCUCGCCCUCAUGAUCGACAUGGAGAGGUCUGCCCUUACAGCUCGUGUCCAAGAGUGCACUGCACUCGACUCCAAGAUUCGUGAGAAGGAACUCCAGAUCCAGUUCCUCAAAUACAUCAGGGACACAGAGGCGAACUGUAUCCACGUUGCCGAGAAGAAUCUCCACAAGCUGGAGGCUUUUGCGCACGAGCAUGGGAUGGAUAUCGAACCGGCCAUCCAAGCCUUUGCUGCUGGACGCCGAGCACCGUAA